UUGACAAUUUUUUUUGAAAGAUUAUAUUUCUUAGAAAAAUAAAAAAAUAUUUUUUUAACCAAAAGAAAAAUUUCGCAUUUUAAAAUUCGCAAUUUAAAAAGGAAUUCAAUUAUUUUUUAAAAAAAGAUAAAGAAAAAAAACUAGAAUGUAUACCUCUUUUAACGAUACCCUUCACCUCUUAUCUAAUUUAGACGAAGAAAAUCAAAUUUAUCUUCCUGGGAUCAGAUCUUGGACUGAAAAUUGUGAAUUGAAUGAAAUAGAUAUGAAGAUAAUCGACAAUCAAUAUGUUAAAGAGGAUAUAAAUGAAGUGUUAAAAAUGUGUUUGGAUGAGAAGGAAUUCAAUGAAUUGCAGAGUCUAGCCCUCGAAAUGGCUUUUAAUGAUAUCGACAGGAUAUCAAGUCACAUUCAUAUCCCAAAAAAUCCGUAUCAUUGGACUACAAGUGACGUUAAAACUUGGUUAAUUCACAUGUUCCAAUUGGACCCGAGCCUGAAUUAUGACCUAUUUCAUCUGAAUGGGGAAGAUAUUACAAAGAUGUCUAUCAAUAAAAUGUCCAGCUUUCUAAAUAUUCAAUUAGCUCAAAACAUCCAUUCUGAAUUGGAGAUAUGGAAAAAUGUAUCUAAUUUGAUGGAACAAAAUGGGACCCCUACAUGCAUAGAAAAAUAUUCCUUAAUGUCAGUCGAAAAUGAGAUCCAUUUGAAUCACUUUCCCAAAAGCGAAUCUAGACUUCAUGAUAUUCAAACGUAUAAAUCACUCUCGAAUUAUGGUUGUGCAGAAGAAAAUUUAUCAGACAGCGAAGAAAGCGGAUUUUAUAGCCAUUCUAGUCCAAUAACUAGAUUAGACGAACGAUUUGAUAUGUUGGAUAUCAGGAAAAUAUCUCCAAAUUUUAACUUACCUACAAGCAUUCAACAAGAUAAAACUAAAUUUUUCCAUCCAUAUCCCAAUAGAACCUUUCAAUUGCUCAGUAAUUUACCUUCCCAAAGCUUGGGUAACGAAAAUACUUGCAAUAAUAAUAUUAUAAAUGAUACCCAAUAUAAUACUAAAGGUAGUCCGCAAGAUAUAUACGAUCAUUAUGGAGAUAGUUUAGGUUCUCAGAAAGUUAUUAACAUUAAGCAACAGCCGGCGUGCGACCAGAAUAACGAUAAUAAUCAUAAUUUAAUAUCAGAAUUGUUAGGGUUGCCCGAUAAUUAUUUUGAAGAUGCUGGGAUGACGAACACCAAAAUCAGUAGCUCAAUGAAAGUAUCUAAAUGCGGGGAAAGAUACAAAGCUAGACCCCCUCAAAAUACCCACUUAUGGUUUUUCCUUAAAGAACUCUUAGACAAUUCAGAAUUAUACGGCAACUAUUUAAGAUGGUCGGACAGAGAAAAAGCUAUAUUCCGAAUAUAUAAUUCUUAUGAAGUGGCGAAGCUAUGGGGUAAAAGGAAGAAUCGACCAGCCAUGAAUUAUGAUAAAUUGAGCCGAUCUCUAAGGCAAUAUUACAAGAAAGGAAUUAUGAGAAAGACUAAAAGAUCUCAACGAUUGGUGUACCAAUUUGUUGGCAAAUAUGCACUUUGAAAAUAUGGAUUUGAUGUUUUUUUUUAAAUAUUUAAUUCAUGAUAUAUUUGUGAUUUAAUUCACCUUUUAAAAAAAUCAGCCAGGUAAUAUGGCAUAAAGAGUAAACAAAAUUUUUCAAACACAUUUAUAUAUAUAAAUAGGAUAUUCGAGAGUCGAAUAAGUGAAAUUGUGAAAUAUCCUUUUGAAUAUAUUUAGCCCGAUUAAUAGUCUUCAACUUCGAAAGGAUACUUCAACAAUUUUACUUUUGGCUAUGUUAAAAAUACUUAGAAAUCAUUUCUUUUGCAAGUAUUGCAAAGAAAUCACGUUUUUAUAUUUAUAAUAUUUAUUGUAAACUGGUAAAUCUAGUAUUAUAAACGCAAUGAUAAUUCAUAUAUUAUAUAUUAUGAAUAUUUAUGAUGUAUCAUUUAUAUUUUUACUCUUCUGGUAUUAAGAAGAGUAUUGAAUCGUUUUUUAUAUAAUUUUUGAUAAUAUGAGAGGUAUUCUCAUUUACACGAUGUUUAAUUUACUCCAUAUGGGAAAUUUUUAUUUAUA